UGGCCACCGUAAAGGAGCAUAAGGAUACAUUAUUUGCAACUUUAAUUUUAUAGAUAUUCCACAGACUUUCACUAUCAGUCACUGUCUGAAAAGAAAGUGUUAUUUCACUUUCCGCCGUUGAUGUCAGAAAGUCUUUCAGUCGGUUAUCUUUGCGUGUCUAUGCGAGUCUCUAGCCGAGGUAACCUGCAGCUUGCUCUCCGCUUGACGCAGCUGAAGAAAAUAGAACCAGUUGGGAAGCGAGUAGCUAGUAGGCUCGAUCAUCGUUACUCCGCUAGCUAGCCAACUGGUCCACCUCAUCCGUGAUAUCUCUAAAGGAUUUGUUUUGGUUCGUUUUGGGAGUUGUUUGUGGGUCUGACGUGGAGUAUGGAUUUCUUUUUUUUUCAGACAAAAAAUGAAAUAGUUGGCUACAGGACUUGGGGUAUCUAACCGAAACCUUUUCGUAUUGCGUCGACAGCUGUCAUUGAAGAAAGGAAAGUGAUCCAUCAGUGUUCGUGUGCUAAUGAAACAAGUCCCUUUGGAUGUACAUUUUGUAUUAUUGUUGAAAUGGUUGAAGACAAGGCUCAACAUUGGAUCAAUGGUUUAUGCGUAAUGCAUUUUUGACAACUGCAGUGUUCCUCCAUCCGAGAGAAACCCUGCUUCAUUGAGCUAGCUACCUAGCCAACUAGCUAGAUUGCUAGCUAAACUACAAAGUUAUAGAAGUAUAACAUCAGCUAUAUCUCCAGCCAUUUUGGACAUGAAGAAAACAAUUCAUUAUUCAUAGGGUUGGAAGAAUGUCAUCAGAGGAUAAGACUGUGGAGCCCUCUGACCAAGGGCCCUCACUGCCACCCAGCAGCACAGGGGCCACAUCCACAGGAAGUCCUGCCCAGACAGACAAGCGUCCCAGAGGCAGGCCACGCAAGGAUGCUGCCACCGUCACAACCCAGGCUCUGCCCACGGCCACGUCCAAAACCAGAAAGAAGGGUCGCACCAGAGGAAGAGUGGUUGUGGACGAGGAGGACAGCAUGGAUGGGACCGAGGUGGCAGAGUCGGUGGGCCUUCAGGACACAGAGACUAAAGAGCUGCCGGGGGAGAGGGCCGAGGAGCUGGGAGAGGACGCCACCAGACCGCCCGGCCCUGCCAGCAGAGAACCCAGACACAGUGAUGGUCUCUGUACCUUCUGCUACUGUGGCGGCCGUAGCCUGCUGGGUCAGGGAGACCUGAGAGCGUUCCGUGCCCCGCCUGCCCCCGACCCCCCCCUCAGCUGCGAAGACGGAGGUGGCAGCGCUGACGACGGCAGCAAGGAUGAGCAUAGCGGCGGAAACUGCGACAGAAGCAUCAAACCCAACGCACCCACGGAGAUCAGCUUGGGGCAGGGCACACAGAAUGGAGCUGGGAGUCAGGGGGCAGACCCAGACCCAGGCAGCAGGUUCUGGGACGAGCUUGCCCACGUGGGACUCCCCGACCACCUGGACGUCCGGUCGCUCGUUGACGAAUCAGGGCAGUGCUGGGCCCACCAGCGUUGCGCCUUGUGGUCCGACAGCGUGUGCAAGGAGGGCGAAGGACAAUCGCUGCUCAACGUGGACAGAGCCAUCGACUCAGGGAGCACAAAGCACUGUGCCUAUUGUAAGCGCCUUGGAGCCUCCAUCAAAUGCUGUGCUGAAAGCUGCACUCGCCUGUACCAUUACCCCUGUGCUGGAGCUGCCGGCACCUUCCAGGACAUCAGGAGCCUCUCCCUGCUCUGUCCAGAGCACCUCCAACUGGCCCUUAACAGAUUUCCGGAAGAGGCGAUCUGUGCGCUGUGCGACAGCCCCGGGGAUCUUGCCGACCAGCUCUUCUGCACCAGCUGCGGCCAGCACUACCACGGCAUGUGCCUGGACAUGGCCGUCACCCCGUUAAGGAGAGCAGGCUGGCAGUGCCCCGAGUGCAAGAUCUGCCAGACCUGCAAGAACCCAGGGGAGGACACCAAGAUGCUGGUGUGUGACGUGUGCGACAAAGGUUACCACACCUUCUGCCUGCAGCCUGCCAUGGACUCCAUCCCCACCAACGGCUGGAGAUGCAAGAACUGCAGAGUGUGUGUCCAGUGUGGAUCCAGGACCAGCGGUCAGUGGCACCCGGCCAGCCUUUUGUGUGAGAGCUGUGUCCAGCACCAGGACCCGGCGCUGUGCUGCCCUCUUUGUGCCUGCGUCCUGGACCCGGAGCACCACAAAGACGUGCUCUGCUGUCACACUUGCAAAAGAUGGCUCCACCUGGAGUGUGAGCGUCAGAACUCAGGCCAGGCUGACGUCCACCCCAGGGAGGACUACACCUGCUCCAGCUGCAGGCCUGGCAUCCCUGAGCUCCCACCCCAGGCGGAGGACGAGGUCCCCAUGGACACGGGCCCAGAGCUGAGCCUGCAGCCAGCCUUGACGCACACACGCCUGUCUGACUCCAGUCCGCAGCUGUCCCAAGCAGACAUGGACCUACACACGAGCCCACACCCCCCUCCUCCUUCUCCUCCUCCCCUUCCUCCCCCCAUGCACAGUGACCCAGAACAGGAACCACAGUCCGUUCCAACGCACACGGAGCCCAAUCCCGUCCAAGCCAUCGUCAUCUGUGAGACCAGCCAGGAGGGACGAUCUCAGGCCAAAACAGACCAGCAGCUUGUUUCAGGGGAAGUUGAUGGUGAUGGGGGGGCCAAGGAGGUUCCUGUCAACAAAGACACAACCAAGGCCCUAUCAGAAAUUCCACCAGUAGGAGAGAACGUGGAGAAGUUGGAUCAGCCCAUGCCCACGCAGCUGUCAGUGAGGCCAGAGCAGCCACAGGACACUACAGGACCCACGAAGCCAGCAGAGACAGAAACCCAUUCUGUUCAACUCAGCACAAAGGAAGUCAAGGCCAUCAUCUCACCCACCAAAGAAGCUGCUACCGGUCCGCUAACGGUCAAGGAUGAGCCCAUGGACGUGUGGCCCUCGGGACCGCUGUCAGCAGCGCUGGAGACGGCCCCCAAGGAGGCCAGAGAGCGGAGGAGGGGGGAACAUGUUCCUGGAAGCCUGGCUGAGAGGGCAGAGUCUCCAGAGGCUGUGGAGGACAUGGACACCAGCCUGGAGAGCAAGUCUGGCCUCUUCCACCUCAGCCCAUCCUCCUCCGACCACAAGCCCCUCAAGGCCUCCCUGGACAGGUUGGCGGAGAUGGCUGCCUCUCCCACCCACUCCUCCCCUCUCGCCAUGGGAACCUCCCCCAGAGAGCCCCCCCACCCCCAUGGCCUCCCUGGCCAGGGGGAGCACACAGGCCUGGUGACCUCCACCACUCACAUACCACUCACACCCAAGAUCGGCAUGGGGAAGCCAGCCAUCACUAAGAGGAAGUUCUCUCCCGGGAGGCCCAGGGUUAAACAGGGCGCAUGGAGCCCCCAUAGCAGUGUGAGCUCCCCCUCGUCCUGGUCUCCCGACCAGCCAGAGGGGUGGGAUGUUCCAAAGACCAGGCAGCCCUCCAGCUCAAGCCCCGGCUGGAGCAUCCGAGUGGGUCGAGGGUCCGCCUUCCCAGGUAGGCGGAGGCCCAGAGGGGCGGGGCUGUCGGGCAGAGGGGGGCGUGGCCGAGCCAGGGGGAAGAACGGAGCUUGUCCUUCAGUCAACUCUGGGGUGACUACCAUGGAGACGCCAUACCCCGUGAAGGAAGAGGAGGACAACGCCAUGCACAACACGGUGGUCAUAUUCUCCAGCAACGACAGUUUCACAUUGAAACAAGACAUGUGUGUGGUGUGUGGGAGUUUCGGACUUGGGGCCGAGGGCCGACUCCUUGCCUGUGCUCAGUGUGGACAGUGCUACCACCCCUUCUGUGUCGGCAUCAAGAUCACCAAGGUGGUGCUGAAUAAAGGCUGGCGUUGCCUGGAGUGUACGGUGUGUGAGGCGUGCGGCGAGGCCAGCGACCCGGGGCGCCUCCUGCUGUGUGACGACUGUGACAUCAGCUACCACACUUACUGCCUGGACCCACCCCUGCAGAACGUGCCCAAGGACAGCUGGAAGUGCAAGUGGUGUGUGUCCUGCACCCAGUGCGGUGCCACCUCCCCAGGCCUGAGGUGCGACUGGCAGAAUAACUACACCCAGUGUGGCCCCUGUGCCAGCCUGGCCUCCUGCCCCAUCUGCCAGCUGGACUACAGUGAAGGAGAGCUGGUGGUGCAGUGCCGCCAGUGUGACAGGUGGAUUCACGGCUCCUGCCAGGGUCUCCGUUUUGAGGAGGACGUGGAGAAGGCGGCGGACGGCAGUUUCGACUGCACAAUGUGUCGAGCUUUCAAGAUCACCAAGUCGGUGGCGACAGCCAAGGCCAAAGACUCUAUUGAGCCUCCAGCUAUGACGCAUAUUGUCACAAAGGCUAAAGAAAUCGACUUGGUGAGGACGUACACCCAGGACGGCGUGUGUCUCACAGAGUCCGGGCUGUGCCAGCUGCAGAGCCUGUCGGCUGCGGCGGCACGGCGCCGGAAGCCCAAGCCCAAGCUGAAGCUGAAGAUCAUCAACCAGAACAGCGUGGCCGUGCUGCAGGGGCCCGGGGAGCCCCCCUCAGAACAGGCCCGCCACGAGGACAUGGACGACCACAGAGAAGCAGAGCUCCUGGACUGCGAUGCCAAGUCAGACUCCAGCCCGGAGCGGGAGCCUGCAGAGGAGGACUCCAAGGGGGCCGACAGCAGCAAGAAGAGGAAGAGGAAGCCGUACCGGCCGGGCAUCGGAGGGUUCAUGGUGCGUCAGAGGAGCCGGCCUGGACUGGGCCUAGGCAAGGCCAGGCGAUCACUGUGCAGGAAGGAUUCAUCCGGUUCUGUGUCUGAAAACCCCAUAGGAAAAGAUGACGGAUGGGGAGAGCCGUUACCUGACACACCCGUGGAUGACAUGCCCCCGGGACCAGAGGUACCGGAGAAGAUCAAGAAACGCUACAGGAAGAAGAAGACCAAACUGGAGGAGGCCUUUCCUACCUAUCUUCAGGAGGCCUUCUUCGGCAAGGACCUGCUAGACAAGAGCAAGCAGAGGCAUCAAGGGGUGGAGUCGGGCCUCUUGGAGGAGGGCCAAGGCCAGGUGGACAGGAAGCACCCGACCGCCAGCUUCCUGGACCCGGCCUCGGACCCCCUGCUCAGCGCAGCCACCACGCCCAUCGGCACCAGGGCCACAGUACCACCCGGGCUGGACAUGGGACCCCUGGCGGACAGCUCCCCUGCAGCCCCCCAGUCUCACUCAGGACGCAGAACACCCCGCACCCUGCCUGAGGAGCCCCUGGACGACAUCCUCAGCCCUGAACUAGACAAGAUGGUCACAGAUGAAUCGAUUCUCAGCAAACUCUACAAAAUUCCAGAGUUAGAGGGGAAGGAUGUGGAGGACUUGUUCACUGCCGUCCUCAGCCCCAGCACCAGCCAAACACCACAGAUGCCUCACCCGCACGGCCCCGGGCCCCUACACACCACACCAAGCACCAGUCUGGCCCACCCCAACACAGGUAAUGCCAUGUUCCCACGGAUGCCCAUCAUGAACGGUAUCAUGGGCCAGAACCAGCGUUUUCCCCUGACGCCGCCCAAUCAAGGAGCCGGACCUUGCAUCCCGGAGAACUUCUCCCCCAUUCACCGCAUGCCUUUCACUGACAAUCCAAGGGACAGGAAGUUUAAUCAGAUGAGCAGAGAGGCUGUGGGUCCCUGGGCCUCCCCUGCCCAUGGCCCUGGCCCACCUCCUCCUGGCCCCGGGGCAGAGGGAGAAACAGAGGCCAUGUCGAAUGCCCAAAGGAGCACUCUCAAAUGGGAGAAGGAGGAGACACUGGGAGAGCUGGCCACCGUGGCCCCGGUCCUCUACACCAAUGUAAACUUCCCCAACCUCAAGGAGGAGUUUCCAGACUGGUCUACAAGAGUCAAGCAAAUUGCUAAAUUGUGGAGGAAAGCAAGUUCACAGGACAGAGCCCCAUAUGUGCAAAAGGCAAGAGACAACCGGGCUGCUCUGCGCAUCAACAAGGUCCAGAUGACCAACGAGACGGUGAAGAGGCAGCAACCGGCGCAGCAGCAGCCCCCCGAGGUGUUUGACCCCAACAUACCGCUAGACACAGACCUGCUCUUUAAGGACCCUUUGAAACCCAAAGAGUCAGAGCAUGAGCAAGAGUGGAAGUUUAGACAGCAAAUGAGACAGAAAAGCAAGCAGCAAGCCAAGAUCGAAGCCACCCAGAAGCUGGAGCAGGUGAAGAACGAACAGCUCCAGCAGCAACAGCAACAGCAGACGGGCAGCCAGUCGGAGAGCGACGGCCCCAACAGCGGCAAUCAGAGCCCUGCCUCCCAACCCAGUAAUGGCGCUAUGUCCCCAAUGCAGCAGCUGAACCCUAAAGAAGGCUUUGCCAGGCCCCAGCUGCCUGGGACGCCCACCUCCGGGCCCCCUGAGGAUGUGUUCCUGCGCCCCCCACCUCCUCCUCCUUCAGGCCAGUCCUCCCAGCCUCAGUCUCCUCAGGUCUUUUCCCCUGGCUCCUCUGGCUCUAGACCCUCCUCCCCAUGGGACCCCUAUGCCAAGAUGGUAGGGACGCCCAGGCCUCCUACUCUAGGGCCCAGCGUGUGCCGCAGGAUGUCAAUGGAGUCCGGCAAGUCUCCUACAUCCCUGAUGGAGCAACAGGACAGAGGGAGGCCCUCUCCUGCUCACGAGUCUUUUGGUUCACCCACAUCCAUGAGCAGCGACCCCUAUUCAAAGCCCCCAGACACACCUAGGCCUGUAGGGGAGAUGGAUCCGUUCCUCAAGCCCAUGGGACCCCCCAGGCCCAGCCAAGCUUCUCAAGGAAGGCCCCCAAUGGGUUCCCCAGGCAGGGACCCGUACUCAAGACCGAUGAUUCGAAAUGAGGCCUACCAACGCAUGGCCCAGAACAGGAUGAUACUGUCAGACCCUUAUUCCCGGCCCUUGAUGGCACCCAUUCCGGGUAGCAAUGAGUCUGGAUCGGUCUCUUUGUUUAAAACACCCAUGCCUCCUCCCCAAGCCCAGGACCACUUCAACAGACCAAUGCUACAUCCCGCUGACCGAUACUCUCAGAAUCAACAGAUUGACCCCUACGCUCAGCCGCCCCUGACACCUCGACCCUCCAUGAACGACAGCUUCACAAGUCCCCCCAGAAUGGCCCAGCACCACCCCCAGGGAAAUCCAUUUGCUCAAUCUGGGCCGAUGCCACAGAUGUCCACCAGGAACCCUUACUCUCAUGCACCCUCCACCCCAAGGCCCGACCAUUUCCAAUGUGACCCCUACUCCCAACCACCAGGCACGCCUCGGCCGUCCGACCCCUACUCUCAGCCUCCAGGGACCCCUAGACCCAUGAAUGAACCCAGUGGUCUACCUCGUCCAUUCUUUGAGCCCUAUGCGCGACCUCCUGGUACACCUCGCCCACACGAUAACUACGGGCAGCCGUCAAACACCCCUAGCCCAUCCUCAGACCCGUACUCCCAGAUUCCAUCCACUUCUCGGCCUGGCGGCAUGAACCAGUUCCACCAUCCAGGUCAGAGAAUGUCCCCCUCCCACUCCAUGGACCCCUAUGCCCAGCCACCUGGUACCCCGCGGCCAUCAAUGGGGGAGAGGUUCUCCAAAUCUCCAGGAAGCCAGAGAGUAGGCAUGGACCCAUACGCAAACGCCCCAGGGACCCCCAGGCCUGGGAGUGGAGACAUCUUCUCUCAGCCUGGAGGAACUCCCAGGCCAAUGCUGAAUGACCCAUACGCCCAGCCUCCGGGAACCCCCAGGCCAGGCAUGGGCCCGGAAGGCCUUGGUAGACAGGUGCAGAGGCCUGGACCCAUGAUGAACCAGGACCCUUUCUCCCCACCUCAAGUCCGAAUGCAGGAGCCCUUUCAACAUCAUGGUUCACAAACGCCCAAGCAUCCCGGUGUUCCAGAUGAAGGGUUCUCUCAGGUAUUGUCCAGAAGACCUAAUCAGAUACCAGUCCAUGACCCAUACGAGCAUGCAGCUAUGAACCCUCGGCCACAGCCAACAGAGAGACUGGAGAUGAAGGAACAGCAAGGCGUGGGGAAUCCUGUCAAUGCAGUGCAGGAUCCCGUACAGCUGGCUAACAACCCUCAACUUUCUGGCAUUCCUACUGAAGCUCAGAGUGUCCCCCUAUUAGACAGCGAGGAGAGGCUGAGACAGCGUCAGCGUAUUCGGGAGCUGAUUCUGAAGCAGCAACAACAGAGGAGUGCCAUCCGCCAGGAGCGAGGCCCGCAGGACCCUUCCAUCAACAUGUCCCCUGGCACACCCAGACCCUGGCCCCAGGAGGGCCACAUCCAGCAAGGGGAGAUGUUCAGUCGGCCACCACCUCCUUAUCCUGGACCAGGCCCAGUGAGAGGCCCCAUGAGGUUCCCUGGACACUUCCUUGGGGACCAACGGGGCCCUUUCCUCAAUGAGGGGCAGUUUCCCAGGGCUCAACAUCCUGGGGAUCCUAAUAUCAGACACCAGGGCCCAAGGUUUGCAUUUCCACCCGGAGGUCAGGGACCUCAUGGAGGACAGGAGUUCUUCCCCAGAGGGCCACACCCAAUGCAGGACAUUCACCCCCAGAUGAGACGCUCCAUGUCUGUGGACAUGGCCAAGUCCAUGGGAGGCAACCUGGCUGGGAUGCCUCAGCACUUUCAUCCUCGAGGAAUACCAGUGCAGCAGCACAACAUUAUGGGCCAGCCGUUCAUUGAGCUCAGGCACAGAGCCGUUGAAAGCAGGCUUCGUCUCCCCUUCAGCCCCUCGGGACCCAUGCAGGGCAACAUAGACCCGAGUGUCCAGCCUCAGAGGCCUCCUGGCUUCAUGGGUGGGCCAGAGUUCCGAUUCCCUCCAAACCAAGUCCCCAGGAUGAUGGACCCCAUGGGGAACCAGAGUGGCCAGAUGUCUGCCAGCAUGGAAAACCUUCACCAGCAGCCUCAAAUGCAGGGCACCGUCAUGCCUAGACAGUCACUACUGAUGAGAUCAAUGAGCCAGCCUGCUUCUAAUGAGACCCAGAGUAUGGCUGGCUCCAUGAUGCUGCAUGGGCAGGCUGAGACAGUCCCUAUGACUAGCAGUGAAGGAGUCGAGGAGAAGCUGGACACUGUGGAAUCAGCUGUCAAAGACCUUGAAGAUGUAGAGGUGAAAGAUUUGGUUGACGCUGACUUGGAGAACCUGAAUCUAGAUCCAGACGAUGGUAAAGAUUUGGACCUUGAGACAAACGACUUGCAUCUUGAUGACUUCCUAACCUCAGGAAAGUUUGACAUCAUUGCAUACACAGAUCCAGAUUUGGAUGACAUCAAGAAGGACAUGUUUAACGAAGAACUGGACCUCAGUGACACUAUGGAGGAUCACAGUGAUGCCUCAGACAUCCAGAAGGCUUUGUCUGAGAAGAAGAACUCCAGCGGUUCCACAAAUUCCUUCAGUUCAACAUCUGGAAUGGGAAAAUCUGAGCUUUCUGCCAACCAGUCUUCAGCAAAUAUCAAACCUGAAACUUGCACCAAUCAGAACUUGGCUUCCUUGCCAACCGAGCAGAGGAUCAAGGAGGAAGUUAAAGACGGUCAGAUGCCCACGGACGGGACUGACCAGCCAACAGAUGAAACCACUAGUGCUCCAGCUCAGCAGGGGGCGCUCUCUGAUUCCACCCCAGUCCUCUCUGGCCUCCUCAUCAAACAGCAAUCUGAGGACCCUUCACUAAACCCCAUGGGAGACUCUGUCAAACAAGCCGACAACCAACCCGACCCAGGCGAGAUGUCUAUGGAUGCCUUUGGAGGCGACCAGGUGCUGGACCCGAGUGGUCUGACCCUGGCCCAGCAAGCCCUGUUGAGCCAGACUCUGGGUCAGCAGGGCCAGCAGCAUCGGCCCCUGCUGCUGGAGGAACAGCCCCUCCUCUUGCAGGACCUCCUGGACCAGGAGAGGCAGGAGCAGCAGCAGCAGAGGCAGAUGCAGGCUAUGAUCCGUCAGCGCUCCAGCGACUCCUUCUUCCCAAACAUAGAUUUUGACGCUAUCACAGACCCUAUUAUGAAAGCAAAGAUGGUUGCUCUGAAAGGUAUCAAUAAAGUCAUGGUCCAAAACAACAUGGGAAUGACACCGAUGGUUAUGAACAGGUUUCCUCCUGCUCCUGUCACCCCAUGUCCUGAAAACAGUCCCCUCCCUCCUCCAGUGGUUGGACAGGUGGCAGAGCCAAUAGAUAGCAAGCUGACCUCGCAGGUGGUGAGGCCUAACCCCCCGAACUUUGGACCUGGUUUUGUCAACACUGCUCAGAAGGCCCAGUACGAGGAGUGGCUUCAAGAGACCCAGCAGCUGCUGCAGAUGCAGCAGAAGUUUCUAGAAGAGAAAAUCGGAGCUCACAGAAAGUCUAAGAAGGCCCUGUCAGCCAAGCAGAGGACUGCUAAGAAGGCUGGGAGGGAGUUCCCUGAGGAGGACGCAGAGCAGCUCAAACAUGUCACCGAGCAGCAGGGCGUAGUGCAGAAACAACUGGAGCAGAUCCGUAAGCAGCAGAAGGAGCAUGCAGAGCUGAUCGAGGAGUACAGAGUUAAGCAGCAGCAGAGCAGCAUGCCACCGUCUGCGAUGCCCGCCAUGGCGGCCGUGCCAGGGAUGCUCCCAAUGCAGGGCCCUGUUGGCAUCAUGCCAGGAGGACCAGUGAUGGGCCAGCCCCCUAUGAAUCCCAUGAUGCAGCAGGUGCCUCUCCAUCCAGGCCAGCCCAAUGCGCCACCACGCAUGCCCAACACCCCUGGCUGGCACCCGGGAGCUCCCAUGCCCAUAGCUGGCCCUGGAAUGCCCGUGCUCAUGCCCCCGCAGGUGCCCAUGAGCAACCCGGCAGCCCAGCCUACUCAGAUUCCCAUGGGAAGCCUGCCUCCACACCCACAGAUGCCCAUCGAGGCCCACCCUCCACAGCCCCAGCAGAAACCUGUUCAGGGAGCCAGCGGCAGCGGGCUAAAGUUUGAUGACAACAAUCCGUUCAGCGAGGGCUUCCAGGAGCGGGAGAGGAGGGAAAGGUUGCGGGAGCAGCAGGAGAGACAGAGGGUGCAGCUCAUGCAGGAGGUGGAGCGCCAGCGGGCGCUGAAACAGCGCAUGGAAAUGGAACAGCAAGGCAUGCUGGGGCCUGACGGCAACAUGACGCCUCUCUCCCAGAUGCCCUUCUUUAAUUCGGAUCUGCCCCAGGAUUUCCUCCAACCUCAAAGACCUCCACAACACCACCAGCAGCAGCAACUUGGCCCCAUGUUCCCCCAGCAGCAAGGCAUGCAGCCAGGCAUGGGUUCCCCCCCCGGGUCCUUCAUGCAAGGUGGAGACCGACGGACCAUGAUGGGCAAUGGGAUGAUGGGCCAGGACAUGGGGCAUGGUUUCGGGCCGGAUAACCUUGGGAUGCAGGGAGGCGGCUUUGCCCAGGGUCAACCCAGGCCAAGAAGGUUCAGUGGGCCCGGAAUGAUGCCCCAGAUGCCAGGGGAAGGGCUUCCUUUUGGGCCCGAAUCUGCCACUCCUCUACCCUCCAACUUCCCUGGCUCGGGCCAGUCUCUCAUCCAGCUUUACUCAAACAUCAUCCCGGAUGAGAAGGGAAAGAAAAAAAGGAACCGAAAGAAGAAGAAAGACGAGGAUGCAGAUUCGGUAAAAACUCCCUCCACACCUCACUCUGACCUCACCGCCCCUCUGACGCCCUGUGUGUCCGACACCUCCUCCACACCAACCAGGAACGCCCAUAUGUACGGGGACCAGGAUCUGUCCAGGUCCCCAUUACUGGGCUCCUCCACCCCAAUCCACUCCGAGCUUGAGAGGCAGCUGUCCGGGGGUCUUUCCUCCGACAUGGCCAGGGCCCAGGCUCUGGAGCAGGAUCGGAUCCUCAGCAACAUCAAGCUGGAGCAGACCGAGGCUAGCGAGUGCCACGGCCCCCGGGACAGCCAGAUGGGCACUGGGAUGGGUGCGGUGAAGGAGGAGGCCUGGAAGGGGGCUUUGUCCCCGUUCCCUGCUGGUCAGAGCCCCUCCCACAAUGCCAAGGGGGAGUCUGGGAACGAGCUGCUGAAACAUCUCCUGAAGAACAAGAGCACGCCGCCCCGGGGGCUGGCCCACCAGAGGUCUGACGAGAGCCUGCGCUCGGAGGAAGAGGAGGCUGCCGACUGCAAGGCCCUGCUCCGCCAGAGCUCCAUGGACAGCAACGGGGCCUACUCAGACGGCCAGCUGUCCGGCCCUACAGAGUUCCCUGGUUCCUUGUUACCUGAACAAGACAAGAAGAAAGGCCGCAACAAGAGAGCCCCCAAGGGUGGAGAGAAGCCCAUCUCUCGCUACAAGAAGAGGAGGAAAGAUGGGGAGGAGAAGACACUGGUGCAAUCCAGCACAGACACACUAAUGACCCAGCUCAAACAGCAACUGUCCCUCCUGCCCUUGAUGGAGCCCCUGAUCGGGGUCAACUUUGCCCACUUCGCUCCCUACGGCAGUGGGCAACUGAACGGAGAGAACCUCCUGUCUGGGACCUUCGGCAGCGCCUCUCUGGAUGGAGUCUCAGACUACUACUCCCAGCUGGCCUACAAGCAGAACAACCUGAGCAACCCCCCUACUCCCCCAGCAUCCCUCCCCCCGACACCCCCGCCUGUCAACCGGCAGAAAAUGAUCAACGGCUUCGCCACCACAGAGGAGCUGGCUAGUAAAGCCGCCGCCAUGGUGUCCAAAGGCCUGGUUCCCAAGCCCUUCCACGUCCCCUUCAGGACUGAGGAGGAGCUGCUGGCCCGGGCCAUAGCCCAGGGCCCCAAGACUGUGGACGUCCCUGCUUCUCUCCCCACACCACCCCACAACAACCAGGAGGAGCUCAGCCGAGGACAGGAGCACUGCAAGGACAGGGACACACCUGACAGCUUUGUCCCCUCGUCCUCUCCCGAAAGUGUGGUUGGCAUGGAGAUCAGUCGAUACCCGGAUCUGUCCUUGGUGAAGGAGGAGCCCCGGUCCCCCUCUCUUUCCCCCGUCCUCCCCAUGCUCCCUGCUCCCACCGGGGUGACAGGUGACAGGACAGGCUCGCUGACCAGGCUUCAGGACAUCAAGACAGAGCCCUGCAACAUGUUCUUCAGUUCUCACUCGGGGCCCAUGUGUGACUCCAAGCCUGGGCUGGUGUCUGUAGCCAUCACGCUGAGGCCAGCGGCAGCAGAGAACAUUACAGGCGUGGUGGCAGCCAUAUCAGACCUGCUGUGUGUGAAGAUCCCCAGCAGCUAUGAGGUCAGCAGCACCCCCGAGCGUGGGCCCCUGGCCAUGCUCAGCGGGCUCCGCGUGGGCCCCCACGGCCUGGAGCACCGGCCCCCCACCGCACUCUUCCAUGGCCGCGUGGACAUGGGGCCAGCCCCGGGAGGCCAGCCCCUCAGGGCUGGGGGCCCCCAGGGGAUGAUGAAGCAUCAGGGGCAGCAAAUGCCCUUCCAGCCCCACGCCUCAGGGCCCGUCCCAGCCAGGGAAGCCCAUCACAGGCCGCCAGGCAGCCCUGGUCCCAAGCCUCAGUGGUGCUGUAACUGCAAAGUGGUGGUCCUGGGAAAUGGAGUUCGGAAGUCCAUCAAAGACCUUCUCAUACACAAACAGGAGCUAGAUGGCCAGCCUCGACCAGAUGAAAACCUGGUCUUCUGCAGCCACAGCUGUUUCCUGCUCUACUCUGCCUCCUCCUCCUCUACAACAUCCUCCACACAGCCCCGGCCAGCCGCACACACCAAGGAUUCGGUGUCUCUCCUGCCAGAGUGUGAGCAGAAGGAGAGCCUGUCCAAAGCCCAGCACCAGUACAGCAACAACAUGUCCUCUCUAGACGUCCACUGCCUGGCCCAGCUCCAGCCCAAACACUCGCCGCCCUCCACCCCUCCCAUCCCCUUUCCCUCCGCCAGCGACGCCCCCAAGGCCGAGUCCAAGUCGGACGCCAUCAAGGUGACGGUGAAGCUGAAGGCGCGACCCCGCCCCCACCACCACCACGCUCAAGACUCCUGGCACCAGGGGAAGAGACAGAAGGGCCUGCGCUGGAGGAAGUGGAGCAUCCAGGUGGUGGUACCCAGGGGGAACUCCCAGCUCCCGGACGAGGACAAGAUCGACGAGCUCCUGCAGAAGCUGGGCGCCUCCCUGCGGCCCUCGGCCCUGCUCCGGGACCAGCGGCGCUGCUGCUUCUGUCACCAGCUGGGGGACGGUGUCACCGACGGCCCCGCCAGGCUGCUCAACCUGGACCUGGACGUGUGGGUGCAUCUCAACUGCGCUCUGUGGUCCACCGAGGUGUACGAGACCCAGGCCGGCGCCCUCAUCAACGUGGAGCUGGCCCUGCACCGCGGCCAGGCCGUCCGCUGCGCCUUCUGCCAGCAGGUGGGCGCCACCAGCGGCUGUCACCGCCUGCGCUGUACCAACGUGUACCACUUCACCUGUGCCCUGCAGGCCCACUGCACCUUCUUCAAGGACAAGACCAUGCUGUGCCACGCCCACCGGCCCCGCGGCACCACCGGACAGGCUCUGGAGCACGAGCUGCGCUGCUUCGCCGUCUUCCGCCGCGUUUACGUGCAGCGGGACGAGGCCAGACAGAUGGCCAGCGCGGUGCAGAGGCCCGAGCUGGGCUACACCUUCCGUGUGGGCAGCCUGGUGCUGCACGCCAUGGGCCAGCUCACUCCCCAGCAGAUGGCAGCCUUCCACUCUGCCACCGCCAUCUACCCGGCCGGCUACGAGGCCUGCCGCAUCUACUGGAGCAUGCGCCACGGCAACCGGCGCUGUCGCUACGUGUGCGCGGUGGAGGAGAGGGAGGAGCGACCAGAGUUCACUAUCCGAGUCAUUGAGCAGGGCUACAAGGACCUGGUGUUGGCCGACUCCACUGCUAAAGGGGUGUGGGAUAAGGUCCUGGGCCCAGUGUCUGAGAGGAGGAAUGAAUCAGGAACUCUGAAACUUUUCCCUGUUUACCUGAAAGGAGAGGACCUGUUUGGACUCACCAUCUCUGCUGUCACAAAGAUUGCAGAAUCGCUACCCGGGGUGGAGUCCUGUGAGAGGUAUAACUUCCGCUAUGGACGCAACCCUCUGAUGGAGCUUCCCCUGUUUUUCAACCCUGCCGGCACAGCCCGCGCCCAGCCCCGAACCAGCUCCACCUCCACCUCUCUGGUCAUAAGGCCCCAGACUGUUCCCCCCCCCACCAGCUCCAGGUCCAACCAGAAUGCGGCCCAGGGAGAGGGUGGUGCCCCCCACACCAAACCCCCCACGGUGCACCCCAGGUCCUCUCAGUACCGCUGGAUGAAAAGCGAGUGGAGGGCCAACGUCUACCUGGCCCGCUCUCGCAUCCAGGGUCUGGGACUGUUUGCCGCCAAGGACAUAGAGAAGCAAACCAUGGUGAUCGAGUACAACGGAACCAUCCUCCGCAACGAGGUGGCCAUCAGGAAGGAGAAGACAUACACAGUUCAGAAUCGAGGAGUGUUCAUGUUCCGCAUCGAUAGUGAACAUGUGGUCGACGCCACUCGUACAGGCGGCUUGGCUAGGUACAUCAACCACUCUUGCACCCCUAACUGUGUCGCUGAGAGGGUCACCUUCGAGAGAGGCUAUAAAAUCAUCAUUGGCACCAAUCGCAGAGUAGAGAAGGGAGAGGAGCUGUGUUUUGACUACAAGUUUGACUCUGUGGACGACCAGGACAAGAUUCCCUGCCACUGUGGAGCACCCAACUGCAGGAAGUGGAUCAACUGACAAACAACUACAUAAGAGGACACUUAAACACAAAUGCAUUCCAUGCCAAUAAUCUGCCCUGGGAAAGAGGAGGGGUUUUCACACUAACAUCAGGCUCAGGCCUUCUGUUCAUUCUGAGUCCCGCCUUAGGAGUUAGAAGCCGGUAGGGUUGAGAAAUCUAGAAGGACAUAAGAGGAUGUGACUUGUGCCAUAUGUUGCAAGCUCUGCUUCAUUCAGACAACCUUGUGUCUGUCAGCAUGUGUUAGAUGUACAUAAGGGGCAGAAUCCACCAGCGAAUGAGGAGAGAGCACUGUGCGGGGCGCGGCCUUAUUGGUUAUUAAGGGCAGGCCCUUUUGUUACAUACUAUCAAUGUGUACCAUAUGACUAAAUGUAGACAUCACUGAAUGGGGAAUGUACAGCAAUGACUACCACGAAGGGAAAAUUAACUUGCACUAAAAAAGAGACAAAUACACACACACACACACACACACACAACUUUAAAAUACUUGAUUCCAUGAGUCAGUUUUAUCAUAGGUUUCUUGUCAUGUGAUUUGAGUGGAAUUGGAGAGGACGUUUUGUAUUUAUUGAGUGAAUGAAUUUUAUUCUCAAAAUUAUGAGACAGUUGAAAGAAGACUGAACCGCUAUUGCUUUUUGAAGAUUAAAGACAUGCUGUUACUUUUUGUAUAAAUGUAAAUUAAGAAAAAUAUAGGAAUAACCGACCAAAUACUACCUUAACCUUGUUGAUGUUUGGGAUGUUUUUGAACUGCUUUUGUUUCAUUUGUCAUUGAAAUUUAUUUAAGAUGGACAUUAUGAUUUCAGUUUGAGAGUAUAUAUUAUGAUUAUUCUGUACAGAAUUUGUAAAAUAACCACAAUAAUUCACAAAAGUAUUUUUGUUGUAUUAAAAGUAUGGUAUUGUAGUGUAGUGUUUUGUGAUUUACACGUACUUUGACCACUGAAGAAGAAAUAUUUUUGUUGACUAACGUGGUAACAAGUUAUUGCUUAAAGAAUCUAACUCUUCUGGUGUAAGAGGACAUUCUGAUGUAUUCGCUGUUAAUCAGGUUUGAUUUUCUAGAACUGUGAAUUAGGUUUUAAGCCACCCAAACACAACUUUUACUUUUUUAACCAGAAUAGGCUAGGAAACCACCUUGUUGUCCUCUAUUGUUUUUUUGUUUUGUUUUUUACAUAGAAAUUAUGUACAGUUGUCCCAUGACAUUGUUGACCAUUUCAGAUGUGUGAAAUUAAGGUAUUGAAAGGGGGAGGGGGGAUCCCCCCACACACACACAAAAUCAUGAUUUGUGGGAAAACUUGUUUGAGACAGUAGGUGGUGCUACAUUUUCAAUGGAGAUGGCAUUCUACUUAAUCAGAAAUCUAUCUUACACAGACACUUCACAAGUGACAAAUGGAAGAGGUUUUGCGUGCACAAUUUCAAGUUGACUGUAUAAUUUUGGAGACAGUCUUAGAACUUGUAAUGUAUAUGGCAUGUAUUUUUUUAACUUUCCGAAUACUCAAUUGUAUAUAUUUUCUCAAUGAAUGGUUGUAACAAAAUUGUUUCUUGGAUAUUUUUCUUCUUGUAUUAUAUGACAUCAUCCUGCCAGUGUGUUUGUGCUACAUUUUUCUUGGUCCUGUAAAGUAGUCUAAAAUGUUUUUGGAAAAAUGCCUUUUGAAGUGUACAGAGUAAUAAGAGGUUUGGAGUUUGUGGAAUUGAAUUUAGAAACAUUUACAAAAAUAAACUAUUUUACAUCUUAA